AUGGUCCAGCCACGCAUGCUCUCAAAAGACGAAGAAGGCGCGGGCGGGUCAGAGGACAACGAGGUGCGCCGCGAGGACCAGGAGAAGAUUAACCGGUUCAGCCGCCUGCACCAGCGGGAGACAGUGCUGGAAGAGCAACUGAAGGGGAAACAAAAAGACAAAGAAGACCUCGAAGAAGUCUCCAUGGAACUCGAACUAGCCGAUGAAGAUGACCUCGUCCCCUACAAAAUCGGCGACUCCUUCUUCCAACUGCCCCUCUCCGACGCGCAGGCCAUGCUUGCCUCCUCGUCGGAGCGCAUUGACGGAGACGUGUCGAAGCUGGAGGAUUCGCUGGGCGACUUGCGCGAGGAGUUGCAGUCGCUCAAGGUGGCGCUGUAUGCGCGCUUUGGGAGGAGUAUUAAUCUAGAGACUUGA